AUUAAAUAUCUAAAUUUGAUCAUUUAAAUAAUAUGAAGCUUACUAAAAAUGAUCCCUAAAUGCAAUAAGUAAUUUUUAACUUGAAAAUAUAGGAAUAAAAGAUGCUAUAUAAUAAGAAAUAUGCAUUUUUUACAUUAUAAAACGAUAAGUAUGUGUAAAUUGUGUGUGAAUUACCUAACAUUUUUACUGUAGAAGAUGCUAUCACAUUUACUCUACGUCAAUUCUAAUAAGAAUUAGGUAAUUUAAUUAACAAUAAUCACUUAGGAGAGAACUUCAAAGUGAAAAAAGGAAAUGAAUAUGUAUUAAAAAUUUCAAAAAAAUCUGGGUAGCCUAAAGAUGAUUUACCAUGUAUUAGCAAAAUAUUAUUGCCUAUUAGGUUUAGAUAAUGAAUAAAUCUUAUAUGAAACAGGAAGUUAAACUUUCACUCUAGUAUGUAAAAAUAAUCUGUAAAAUUCCUAAAAUUAAUAAUAACCUUAAACUUCAGUGACUACUACUAUGUGUUCAUAAUAAGAACAAUAAGACAUGUCAAUUAAGUCAAGAGUAUCAUAUACUAAUGGAUUAAAUAAAGGAAAAGUAAUUUCAUUAUUCUUAUUUUUCUUAAUAGAAACCUAUUAAAGAAAGUGAUAAGAAGGAAAAGAGUGGUGGAUUUUGUUUUUUCAAUAAAUGCUUUUGA